AUGGGGACGCAGCAGACUCUGAGCCAGAUCCGGGAGCUCUGCGGCCAGCGGCUGCAGACCCACACCAAGGAGCAGAUGAUGGAGCUGCUGGUGCUGGAGCGGUUUCUGGGCACCCUGCCCGAGGAGGUGCGGAAGUGGGUGAGGUCCAGACGGCCCAAGAACAGCAGGGAGGCAGGGAUCCUGGUGGCCAACCUGAUCCAAGCGUGCCGGGAGGAAGAUUUCCCCGCUCAGAACCCCGUCCUUGCCGAAGAAGAUCACCAGAAGAGGGAACCGACCACGCCAGCCGCCUUGCCCCCUGCUGGGCACGAGGAGCUGGUGACUUUCCAGGACGUGUUUGUGCACUUCAGCCCGGAGGAGCUGAGCUCACUGAGUGCCGCUCAGCGGCGCCUCCACCAGGAGGUGAUGCGGGAGAACUACCAGAGCCUGGUCUCCCUGGGGUACCACUUCCCCAGACCCGACAUCGACAUCAUCGCGCAGCUGGAAGAGGAGGAGUUCUGGGCGAUGGAGGAAGGCAGCGACGCAGAGACAGCCCCAGAUGGGGAGACGGGACCCGAGGCCCAAGAGCCACCCCCAGAGCCGCACCCACCCGUGGAAGAGCCGCACCCGCCUUUGGAAGAGCCGCACCCGGCGGGGGCAGAAGCGGAGGGAGCGGAAGGCCCGGAAGCAGGCAACCCCCAGCCUGGAGGGCCCCCAGGAGAGGCUGUUCGUCCCGACGACCCCCUGGAUUUGUACCGGGCCCGCGAGCGGACACCUCCGCGCCAGGUCGCGCUGAGGGAGCCCGAGGCCCUCGCUCGGGAAAGGACCCCUGACCGUGACGGAUCGGAGAGACAUGCAACUCUCGCGGGGCCCCCAGAGGGUCCCCGGGAAGGGGGUCCCGCUCCUGGGGCUCCCCCCAGCCCCCCGUCGCCGGCCCGCCAGCCUUCCGGCGCCGCAAUGCACACGUGCGAAGUUUGCCUGAGCUCCUUCUGCUCCCGAGAGGCCCUGCGGAGGCAUGAACGCAUGGACCACCGGAGGAGGCCCUACUGGGAAGGCUUCGUCCUGGUGCCCUGCCUCAGCCGACCCGCCCCCGGCGAUCUUCCUUCUGCUCCGGGCAACCCGCCGCCCGUGUUCCCGAAUGUCCUCCGGAUGCGAGCCGCCCCCGCCGCCGCCGCCCCCGCGGCCAACGACCACCACGAGUGUGUCCACUGCGGCCGGGUCUUCGUCCAGGACGCGCUCCUCCGCCAGCACCUCGAGACCCACCGGGUGGUGAUGGCCCUGCCGCCGCCGCCGGCCCCGCCCCGCCGCCGCCGCGGGACACACCUCAUCCGCUACCAGCAGGCGGCGCACGGCCACGGCCACGGCCACAGCCACGAGGCGGGGGGCCCGGCCCACCAGUGCAGCGACUGCAGCAGAGCCUUCCCCCAGAGCUCGCACCUCGUCUCGCACUACCGCACCCACGCCCACGAGCGGCCCUUCCAGUGCCGCCUGUGCGGGAGAUGUUUCAGCCGGCCCUCGCAGCUCACCCGGCACUACCAGCUCCACCCUCCUCCUCCUCCUCCUUCUCCUCCUCCUUCUCCUCCUCCUCCUCCUCCUCCUCCUUCUCUUCCUCCUCCUCCUCCUCGGGAGGACCCCGGAGGGUGCAGUUGCAGCUGA